GAAAAAUUAUUGUGAUUGAAGCCAUAGCGGAAAUCUAGAACUGAGAACUAGAACGUCUACCGAUGCGCGCAAAAUAGCUAGUGUCUAACAUCGAAACGGAAUGAAACCCAAGCAAAAGCCAACUGCUGCUACCGCUGCUGCUGUUUCUUCCACUGCGGUAACCGUUGCCGGCCUCAGUCGUCUGACAUCCGUUAGGCAGCGAAGCAAAGAGGAAGAGACCAGAUUAAGGCUGCGCCAGACGCAGCCGCAGCCGCUGCUGAUAUGUGAACGUGAAAUGAAGCAUGAGGCGGCUAGGAGAGAGAGGGAAGCGCAGGCACUCCAGAAACGCGAUGUCCCACUAAGGCGUCCAAUUGUAACACCAACCGCGCCGAAAUCGAAACCGACAGCGAAGCCAGCGCCAAAACCACUGGCGAAGCCACCGGCGAAGCCGAUGGUGAAGACCACGCCGACGACGAAGCAGACGCCGAAGUCGAUACUGAAGCCGACGCCGAGGCCAAUGCAGAAGCCGACGCAAGCGCCGAGGCUGACGACAACGAUACAGGGCUCAACGCCCAAGCCCAGUUAUGACAAAGGUAAACAGAAGGCUCCUGGAGAAGGCAACCAGGCAGGGUCCCAGCUCCACACACAAGCCGGUGGGGACGCUAACGUACCCAUUGGACAACACACUGGCUCUGACUCUGACAAGGACUCAGACUCCGAGGAUGAGGAGACAACAAAGCUGCGUCGGCAGCUGGAGCAUUUUUCACAGCAGUCCAAGCUGGAAUUCGAGCGAGAGUUUCGUCAGUGGUUGGCACAGGAGGGUAUCGAGAAUAGAAUGCACACGCACCUGCGCACGGAGCUUAUCAAAAGCUUCAAUAGCAGCUCGCUUGGCAAGCUGCUGACUCGACUCUCGUCGACCUCCGCACAGGUGAGUCAGCAGCAGAACUUCCUGCUGAUGUCGCCCUUAGGUUUGGCUCUGCACACGCUCGUUGCAGAGUUUCUCUAUGAGCAGAAUUGCCAUUACACGCUCUCCGUUUACUGCAGCGAGAUGCCGCACCGCCAUGCACUGCCCGACUUUGACAACAGCGUCCAGUUUCGCUUUAGUGAGCAGGAGCGGCAGCAGCUGCUCUCUGCAGUGCUUGGCGAAACGCAGCGGGAGCCUCAGCCGCAGCUAGAGCUCGAGCAAACAGUGCAUAAGACCUACGACAUAACGCAACAGUCGCUGCUGCUCGCCCUGGUUCAGACCUUGAUAAGUGUGCGCCGUACGGUUGUUCAACAGGUCAACGAGUCCACGAUGACACCAACGGCAGGCCAAUUGGAGGAAGGCACGCAAACAGAGCCGGUAGCAUGUUUCUCGAACAGCCCGGAUGUGGACACCACUGGGCUGUACCAGGCCGAGGAGCUGAUUGUGGCUGCCGAUGGACGCACUGUCUUCAUUGGAGAGCGCGUCUCACAAUCGCUGAAUGGCGUGGACGAGGAACUGUCGGACUUAAUGCACUUUAUCAAUGAGCUCUGCAAAUCCUGUGUGCCGCCCAUCGAGGUCAUCUCCAGAAAGGCGUUUGACCAGUUGCUGAAGAAGGAAAUGCUGGAACGUCAGCGCCUCCAGGGUAUUGGACAAAUACUGGGGGUCGGGGAGAUGGCCGUAAAGCUGCCCGAGCUCCCAGAGCAGCCGGAACAGGAAGAGCUAGAGCCGGAUGAGGACAAAAACACAGUGCAGUCCCCGGUUGGCCCCAUUCAACUGCCGGCAGACUUGCCCUCUGUGCCAAAGCUGCCGCAAUUACAUGUGGAGCAGGUGGGUAGCCUGGCGACGGUGCAGUUGAUUUUGCAAAAAUACCAACAGCAGGCACCUCAGGACUCCAGCACCCAGGACUGCAUUCACACAAAACUAGAUAGGCUUGGGGCAAUGGUAGGUGAGCUCGCGAGCUGUGUGCAGUCGCUGAGUAAUGUUCUCAACCUGGCCAUGGAGCAGGAGUAUACCGUGGGCAGGCGCAAGGGCUUCCAGCAGGGCUAUCGCGAGGGUUUCUCCCAUGGGCACUACAUGGGCGUCCAGGAGGGUAUGAAGUGGCAGCGUCAACAGAGACUGAAGGACAGAUCGUCCCAAACCAAAAAAGCGCCACCACCGCGCAGAGUGCACACAAGUGCCACUCAAACGGAAAGCGCACAGCAACGGCACGCAGCUACCAGUCCGAGGCGCAGAGCGCAGAGAGACUCUCGGGAUGUCGCUAGCCAAACAGCUGCAAGUCCUCCCGAAACAGCUGUGGCUUCACGCAGCUACGAGCAGUGGAUCUAUGAGAUGCUACACAGUCGCAGCGGUAUGAUCUUCCUGGAACGCGUCGAGCUGUCGCUGAACAAGGCACUGGAGCAGCAGAAGCACCGUCUGGAUGAGCUCUUCGAAGUAAAGAUGCGGCAUCAUGCGGAGCUGACGCGCCUCAGUCGCAGGCAAAACUCCUGGCGUACGCUCUGCCGACAUGUCGAGCGCGACUCACAGUCUACGGAAGCACGUGAGCUUGUGCAAAAGAUAUUCCGCCUGCUCGAGCGCUACGAGAUGCAUCAUCGGCUGAUUGCGGAGAAGAUACAGCAAACGGAACUAGCCGCCGAGCAAACGGCACGCAUUCAACCCGUUUGGACUGAUGAAGAAGCCAGUGUGCACAGCCGUCCUGCUGCGUCCACGACUAAUUCGCAUCCUGCGCCACCGGCUGGAUCUGUCUCUGCACCGCCUCUUCAUAAUCUACUAGACUUGACUGUUGAUGAUACUGCUGCUCCUACUGUCGCUACUGCACCUGCUGCUCCUACUGCUGCUGCUGCUUCAACUUCUUCUGUACCUGUCUCAGCUCCUGCUCAUCCAGGGAAACCCCAACAGAACAGUGUUGCCACCAACACCUGUACCCAAAGCAGGACACACAAAUCCGACGCCAGACCACAAGAUAUCUCUAGUUUCAAUGAGGCACUACUUAGCGCCAAAAAUCGCAUGCUGCAGCUGGAGCAAGAGAGCGAUCUGCUGGAGCAGAGUUUCCUGGAUUAUUUGGAGCGUGCGCGUGUCCAGAAACAGAAGAUCAACAUACGUGCCAGCUGUGCCAGUGAGCGCCAGCAGAUCCAUCACACCUUGGAAAACAUUCGCGAGUGGCAGCGACGCAUUCGCUGUGACGAUGUCAACCUGACUGUAGCGUUGCCAUCGGCACCUUCGCCCAUCACCAGCAGCUCAGAAGUGGACCAGGAGAACUAUCAGUUCACCAAUGCCAUUGCCGUGGCCAGGCGUAAGCUCUUCUCAGAGCUUCAGUCAACUUCAGGAACAGCAACAGGAGCAAGGACGUCAGCAGCACCAGCAUCAAUAAUGUGUCCGGAGCUGGAUCUGGAAGCAUCAGCGCUGGCGAAUGAACGAACAACUAUAGCUGACCAGGUGCAGAACGAGACGCAGCAUCUGAUGAACCGCGUAGAGGCGACACUAGCGCGAGUCUGCAAGCCCGGCAGCCUGCAGCUGUUAACCGCCGAAGAACAGCUCGGCAAAGCACUGGGGACAGAUCUAGUCAGCAGCAGCAGCAGCAGCACGCUCACCUCUCUGGCAGAUGCGAACGCCAAUCGAGGCGACGGGCCGGUGACACCGCCUGCCAGACGCAAAUUGCAGCGCUCCAUGGCUAGAUUGCAUCAGCUGUUUGGUGCUCAGGUAGUAGCACAAAGCCCAGCCAAGUUCGAUGACUUGCCUUUGACCAAAAUGAAGACAAUAACACGUCCUUGGAGUGCGCCCACAAGUAUAUUGAACACCAGCUGCACAGCCACUGCUUUGGCCCAUCGACCUCAUACUGCGCCCAGCUGCCGAACGGAGCUGCCUGCAGCCACGACUGCCGGAACCAAUCUUUUGGGGCUGUUGGACGCAAUCAGCGAUGUUGGCAACACGACGACCAACUCAAGCAGCCUGGCCAGUAGCCCGGACACCCCCCCCAUAGCCAUGCGGGAGGUGUACGCCCAGCUGGUAAGCAGCAUCUCAUCCGCAUCGCACGCGUCAUCCAGCUCGCCGCCGUCGCAUAGUCCUGAGUUCUGGAGACGCAUGAAUCUGUGAUGAAAUGUAGACGUUUGCUUUGGUAGACAUGUUUGUGGUAUUGGAAUCCGGCAAUCGCGUCUAACAAAGCAAUCGUCCCCAGUCCCAUUCUCCUCUAACCCAAUGAAGACUGAGGCAAUCGUA